AUGCCCAUCCCGCCACGGCAGAGAUAUUCCCCAAAUCAGCUCUACAAGGCAGACAUUUUGAGCGGUUCACUAAAUGACGGAAGCUUUGAUAAUCCCAAGAUGUGUGGACGCUCCCGCCCGGCGACAGCAAUUCCAAUCGACACGGCCAUAGAGCAGUGCUUGACAAACACAAUCUUUGCUCAGCAGGGACCCCCACCUGGAAUGAAUGAUUUUAAUUCGCUUUUUCAAAACUUCCCUCACGAUGCGUUGGACUCAUUUAUGCCGCAAGGCAGCAUGUUGGAUGGCCGAACCACCACUGGUGACGAUCUUCACACGCCAAAAACUGUGCUGGAAGCGAAGACACCUGGCUCAGGCGAGCUGUGGCCUUGCACGGUGACAAGCUACGACCCACCUGCGCUCGGUGGAAUUACGUCGCCCCAGCCUAGCGCUGCUCAGCUACACUUGAAUCCUGGGCUGAAUUGUUGCGAAAUCGACCCUACCUUUGUUCCAACACAACAGGUUGGAUUUGAUUCGAGUUCGUUGAACUAUCCGCCUUUGCCCGAACUACCUUCAUCUGGUGAUGAUCAUUUUGACUUCCAGAGUGGUCCCUCAGUCCCCACCAUAGACCAAUAUCUUCCGGCUAUGCAUUAUCAGGAACUGGAACCAUCAUCUGUACUCGAUCAGGAUGCUCAAUAUCCAGACCUCUGGGCAUGCGAUGCUACCAUUCAAUCACCGUCAAGCCUCACAAGUAGUUCGGUACCGCCAGGCAGACACCUAGGAGUGAAGAACGGACAACGCGACACCUCGAAAGACACGCUUCUGGUACAAUUGAAAGACCAGGGAAUGUCAUACAAGGUGAUCAAAGAGCGGUUGCAGUUUGAGGAGGCAGAAUCAACGUUGAGGGGAAGAUAUCGUGCCUUGACCAAGCCAAGGGAGGCAAGACUGAGAAAACCAGAAUGGGGAGAUAGGGAUAUCCAGCUGCUAUUUGAAGCAGUCUCGCAUUGUUCGAAGUCGAAUCCCAUCAAUCUGCAGGUUGCCACAGACCUUGAUGCCAUUUCCAUUGGUCAAUUUGUCAACAAAGUACCGUGGAAGCAAGUUGCUGAGUACAUGGAAAGCAGUGGCGCAUACCGAUAUGGUAAUGCCACAGUGAAGAAGAAAUAUCUUGAGGUCUUGAGGAAUCGAGGCACCCCUGUUUAA